UGCCUAGAAUUUGAGUGGGAUUUAUGAUAACGUGACAAAAUCACUUCACAACAACUCGACUGAGGGAGGAGGACUGGGUGGGCACCUCUGUGUGUUCAUAUUCAUGCUGGAUUAUGGUCAUUGCCUGCAAAGAAAGGAGCUGAAGACACACAAUGUCACUAAGCGUGGAUACCACAGUGACCACCAGCAUGCUCCCGCUCCCUUCCCACUUUGCCCACGCAGAGCAGUCCUUCUCCUUGAAAAAGCGUCGACACCCUUUUUCCUCCUCGUCCACGUCCAACUCCUCCGUCUCAUCCCCCGAUUACCUGUCCCACUCUCUGCCACCGCUGGCGCCGUACAAGGAGUCUUUCUCUGUGAGCCGCAUCUUCUUCCUCCAGAAAACGGCCCCCUGGACACCCCUGUCUCGUUCUCUCAGCCAGUCGCCCCCUCUGGAAUCUGUGUACGACCGCAAAAAGCAGAGGCCCUAUUUUAACCAGUGCUUCACUACGCUGGGCCUGCUUGGAAGGGGUUCUUUUGGAGAAGUCUACAAGGUUCAAAGCAACAAGGAUGGCCGCCUGUAUGCUGUAAAACGCUCGCUCCAUCGCUACAGGGGCAACAGUGACAGGAACCGCAAGGUCAGGGAGGCCAAGAACCACGAGCGAGUCUGCCCACAUCCUCACAUCCUCAACUUGGUCGCGGCCUGGGAAGAGUGCGGUCGGCUGUACAUCCAGACGGAACUGUGUCACACCAGUUUGCUGCUCCAUGCAGAAAGUCAGUCUCCUGGCAACGACGAGCGUGCAGCAUGGUCGUACUUGUGCGACCUUCUCUCGGCGCUGGACCACCUGCACUCUCGCAGUUUUGUCCAUCUGGACCUGAAGCCCGCCAACGUGCUGGUAAAGGACUCCGGGCGACUCAAACUGGGCGACUUUGGGCUUCUGCUAGAGCUCAAAGAGAGCAGCUCAGAGAAAGUGAGAGAAGAUGACCCCGGAGGAGAUCCCAGGUACAUGGCUCCUGAGCUCCUCCGGGGGGAGUAUGGCCCUGCUGCAGAUGUUUACAGUUUGGGUGUUUCCAUUCUGGAGCUUGCGUGCAAUAUAGAGGUCCCCAAUGGUGGAGAGGGCUGGCAGCAACUCAGACAAGGGCGCCUCCCUGAGGUCGCGAGUGGGCUUUCAACAGACCUUCAGAAAGUUCUGCAGAUGAUGCUGACUCCAGAACCUUCUAACAGGCCGACAGUACCCGAGCUUCUUGCUUUGCCCUCAGUGAGGAAACGCAUGUGGAAGAGACGCGCUUACCUUUUCUUUGCAGAAACCAUGCUGACUUUGACCUUCUUCUGCCAGGUAAUUUGCUUUGGCCGUCGACUUUUCUCUUCUCUUUACCUGCCGAUCUUCCGCCGUUGCAGCAAGCCGGCCCCCUGCACUCCUCCCAAAGAGAGCUGGGACAAGGAGGUGACGCUGACCCUCAGCGCCUUGCGCGCUGACAGCUCAGAGGACGACGGGGUGUUCGCGUUGGACCCCGUAGGACCGGAGGAUUCCCCAAAACUCUCAGAGAAGAUGAAAUCUCCACUGGAUUUGAAAACUACGUCCACCCCUCUCCCACGUUCCCCGGCACACGUAGACCGGAGUCCUCACUCUGUUCAAUUUGACUGGUCCCCGUGUAACGGAGCCCGGGGACCCUCCAGCAGCCCCGCCAGUGACUGCUACACAUCAGACGCACACACACCCUGUCACACGGAAUCACUGGACUCCAGGCAGGGCAAACGGUCUUCACAGCGGCGCUAUCGUAACCGGAGCCGCUCAGAUGACGUCUUCGGGCCAAAGAACCUGCUGUGUCUGUUUGAGGAAAGCGCCGCGGAGGGGCAGCCGUGACUUGGAGACCGGCAGUAUUUGUGGACUGCACUGGACCUAAUGAUGACAUAUAACAAGUUCACUUCUUGCAUGAAUGCACUAUUUCUGCCAUUUCCUUCCUUAACAUGUUUUCCUCAAACACAUUUAAGGAAAAGGGAUCACACUUAAAAGCAUGGUUUGUGUUCCUACGAGUGCAAUUAAUUGUAGAGUAUUGUUGAGUAGAGAUUUUUUUUGCUUAAUGUGUGUUACUUGAAUUAUAUUUCCCCCAAAAAGAUUAUAAACUGUUGAUAUUGUUGAAUGUCAA